AGGGUGUUUUUGCGGCGUUAGGACCCUGGGGACAAGUUCUCAUUCUCACAAGGCACAAUGCAAUUUGCAUGCGUUUGUUCUGCAAGGCAAACACGGCUGUACGAGUGAAACCCAAACCACCGGAAGAUCGAGGAACAGACUUGCAUACUCGCUUGGUGUAGAAUCACUAUCGUGAUGGGGAGCUUUCAGUCUUUGCCGGAUAACCAUCAAUAUCGAACCCUGUCACAGAAGACAGGCUUUUCACUGGAGCAGAUCGGAAUCCUCCACAAUCGUUUUAAGCAGCUCAGUCAGAACGAGGAAACAUUACGGAGAGAUGACUUUAAAACAAUCCAAGAUUUGGAAAGCAACCCAAUUCGGUCCCAGAUUAUAGAGGCUUUCUUUGAUAAAAGGAAUUUCCAGAAAGAUGAUGUGGGAUCUGUGCAAGAAAUUGUUUUUGAGGAAUUCCUGACCGUCAUGUCGUACUUCAGAGCACCGACCCAUCAUAUUACAGAGGAGCAGAGAGAAGAAAUGAGGAGAGCCAAACUGCGCUUUCUAUUCAACAUGCAUGACACAGACAAUGAUGGAACAAUAACACUGGAGGAAUACAGACAUGUAGUCGAGGAGUUGUUGUCCCGUAGUGGAGCUCUUGGAAGGGAGACAGCUAAGGGCAUUGCAGAUGCUGCAAUGCUGGAGGUUGCCAGUAUCUCAGUAGGUCCCAUGGCACCUGAUGAGUUCUUUGAAGGAAUAACAUUUGAGCAGUUUUUGAAGAUUCUUAAAGGAGUUGAAAUCGAGACGACAAUGCACAUUCGCUUCUUAAACAUGGACACAACUGUAUUGUGCAAAUAACAUUCUGUCUAAAUACUGCUGGUUAAAUGUAUACUUUCUAGUAAAGUACGCACUUUAUUAGAUGAGGUCAGUUUAGAAUUGUUUGGAUAGAUCUCUAGUUCUAUGAACUAUUUAUAGGAAGCUCAGAACGUGCAU